AUGACAAAGUGGAGGAACAAUAUAAGGACAAGUAAACAGUCUACCACCGUUCCCCCCCUCCUCCACCUCCUCCUCCUUCUUAUACAAGGAUUUAUUGAGAUGUGGGCCAGAUUUAGAGUUGCAAAGAUCAGAAAAGAUGAGAAAGAACUGGGAGAUGUUGGUGAAAGCUUAAGCGUUAAUGAAGAAUAUGUUUGUGCAUUAAGAACACAAUCAUAUGCUGAUUUCUUUGCUAAAGCUCAAUCACUUGUAAACCAGCAGCCAUCAUUUCCAUCUUUCUGUCAUCACAAAUUCUCUCAAGUUCUUCUUGAACCAGAUCAAGAAACUAUUCCUGCAAUUCUUGAAUCUGCCAUUUUCUCCAAGAUCCCUGAACUCAAAGGCCUUAUGCUUAACUACUUUGAUUUAAGUGCUGAGGCUUCAAGAAUUUGCAGUCACCUCCUUAAAAACAUCAACCAAAUCCAAUCAAACCACCAAUAUAUUCAACAAGUACUCGAUACCACAGUCAAUUAUUACUCCCCUGAGAAGGCCAAACUCGCCGUUUCGGAGCUGAACUUGUUCAUCAGCCAAAGAAAUCCUUUUUCUACCCCUGACAAGAAUGACUUCAAGCAGAUUCAUGACAGAUAUUCAUCAGUAUUAAAUCAUCUAAGAUCCAAGAGAAAGAAACUGACAAGGAAGAUGAAGCUAAUCACAUGUAUCCACAAGGCAAGUGGGAUUUGCAUAACAGCAGCUGGUAGCUUAAUAGCAAUUACAGCAAUUGUUUUAGCAGCACACACACUUACUGCAAUAGUGAUGGGUCCAGCAAUCUUCAGCUUUCCACUAAAGGGCUUGAAGAAAAAAAUCCAGAGGUUCAGGUUCCUGAGAAACGGAUCAUUUCUCAGGAAAGCUGAGCAGCAACUUGAUGUUGCAGCUAAGGGAACUUAUAUACUGAACAGGGAUUUUGACAUAAUGAGUAGACUUGUUGCUAGACUGCAUGAUGAGGUUGAACACAACAGGGCAAUGAUUCAGCUGUGUUUGGAGAGCAGGGAAAAUAAAUUUUCCCUGGAAAUAGUGAAGGAGCUGAAGAAGAGUGAUAUUGGGUUCAGGAAGCAAGUAGCAGAGCUUGAAGAACAUGUUUAUCUUUGCCUUCUAACUAUUAAUAGAGCAAGAGGCUUAGUGAUUAAGGAACUGAAUAAUUCUGCAGGCAUUGGAAGUUUGAGAUAG